UAGAGGUUUUUUGAUAAAAGAAAUUGUGAAAAUGUAAGGGUGUAAUUUGUCAACACGACAGACCAAGGACAUCAAUGUCCCCAGUCUCCCAUUCCAAUACGCACACGCACUCCCAUCCAGCCUUGCCACCAUUCUAUCGAUCAAUCAAUCCAUAAUAAUUCUUUUCAAUCAAGUUGGUUCUCUGAACCGUACUUUAAUAUUAAAGAUAAAAACGUCAAGAGGCCCAUCCGCAAUUUCUUAUUAUUGCUACUCCCUUCGAUCUGCUGUUAGCUGCUGAUCCCUGCGAUGGCGACCGGCAACCUGGACUGCGUCAUCGUCGCCGUCGACGGCAGCGAGGAGAGCAUGAACGCUCUCCGGUGGGCCCUAGAGAACCUCCGGCUCCGCCCCAAGUCCGAGGGCUGCGAUCCUGGCUCACUCGUCGUCCUCCUCCACGCUCAGUCACCCCCCUCGAUCGCUGCUGGGCUCAACCCUGGAUCCAUUCCCUUCGGCGGCCCCAGUCACGUGGAGGUGCCGGCGUUCACGGCGGCGAUAGAGGCGCACCAGAGGAGGAUCACGGAGGCGAUCAUCACGCACGCGCUGCAGAUCUGCAAGGAGAAGAACGUUGAGGUGAAGACUGAGGUUGUGGUUGGGGACCCCAAGGUUACAAUAUGUGAGGUUGUGGAUAGAAUGAAGGCAGACUUGCUGGUGAUGGGCUGUCGAGCUUAUGGCCCCAUCAAGAGGAUGUUUUUGGGAAGUGUGAGCAACUAUUGCAUCAAUCACGUUACCUGCCCAGUUGUUGUGAUAAAGGGCAAAGGCACCAGUUAGUGAGUUUGGUUUUUCUCCUUGCAUUGCCUUGUUGUACCAUUUUGCUUGAAUGUGUUCUUUGUUUUUUCCAUUAGACUCUCCUUGCACAUUUGGGUAUUGGUUUGGUGUCUCAGUAUGUUCCUUCUCAGGAACUGCUCCUUCUGUCCAACAAAAUGAUCCUCAUGUUAUGUACAUUGGAAGGUUGGUUGAUUUGUUGUUCCUUGAUGCUCUUUCGCCUGUAAGUUGUGAUAAAAGGGAUUUCUGGAUAGCAUAAUUGAUGAACAGCAUAAGAUGGUGCUUUCAAUUUGUAUUUGAGUUGUAUUUGUUUGUCA